UUAAGUAGAGGCCUCCUAAAAUUGAAUUCAGGCUGCACAAGUUUUUGCUCUGCUGGAGGAUGUCUGCCUGUAAGUUCUUCUCCCCGCUCAGGAAAGCCAUUAGCCCUCAGUCUCCAUGGGAGAAAACAAGCUGCAUAAUUGCAGCAUGGAUGAUACAAAGCAAGCCCUGUGGAAGCUAUUUUUCUACCAGCAGUCACCAGAAUGCUAAAUUUUACAGUGAUCCAGUUGAAGCAGUAAAAGACAUACCAGAUGGAUCCACUCUACUUGUUGGUGGUUUUGGUUUGUGUGGAAUUCCGGAGAACCUUAUAGCUGGACUCUUGAAGACUGGUGUUAAAGGAAUUACUGCAGUGAGCAACAAUGCAGGGGUUGACAACUUCGGCUUGGGGCUUCUACUAAAGACAAACCAAAUAAAGCGCAUGGUCUCUUCGUAUGUUGGGGAAAAUGCAGAAUUUGAAAGGCAAUAUCUGGAAGGAGAGCUAGAAGUUGAACUUGUACCACAGGGCACUCUUGCAGAACGUGUCCGUGCAGGCGGCGCAGGUAUUCCAGCUUUCUUCACUCCCACGGGUUUUGGUACUUUGAUACAAGAAGGAGGUGCACCAAUAAAAUACAACAAAGAUAGAACUGUUGCAAUUGCCAGCAAGCCUAAAGAGGUCAGGGAGUUUAAUGGUCGCCAGUAUGUUAUGGAGCCAUCAAUUACUGGAGAUUUUGCACUAGUCAAAGCGUGGAAAGCAGAUCGUGCUGGUAAUGUUAUAUUCAGGUGAGACCUAAAUUAAAAUC